AUGGGUUCGCUGUUUCAUGACAUUUCAAAUAAUAAUUACGCGUAUCAAAGGUUGAAAAUCAAACUUAAACUUUCUUUACCGCAUAUCAAAGCACAGUUGAAGUCACUUAAGCUUCCGAACACGCCUGCACCAUUGUACGACUAUUUAAGUUUCGUUACUUCAAUAAAUAUUGGUGAAUUAAGAAUAGGAAUCGAGGAUUUUAUCCAACAAGCAGGAAACUUAAAUCAAUAG